AUGACCAAAUGCACAGCUGGAAUCAAUUUUAGUGGUGCAAGGGUAUGGGAGAGGCUUCAUUUCGUGUAUCCAGUUUUGUUUAAGGUCGUCUUGAUGGUCCUCCUUUGGCUUGUUUACUUUGCUAUCAACACCGGUGGGGUCGGAGCAGUUCCACUGUAUAACGAUGGUGAUGUUCGACUAGAAGGCGGGACAACCUCUUUGGAAGGCCGGGUAGAGGUCUACUAUCAAGGGUCAUGGGGAACAGUUUGUGAUGAUUACUGGGACGACCAAAAUGCAAUGGUUGUCUGUAAUCAAGUGAUGCCAGGUUAUCACGGAGUCCAUUUUGGGAGGGCUUACUUUGGUGAGGGACUCAAUAUCGACAUCCUUCUUGACGACGUACGAUGUUUAGGAACAGAGUCAAGCUUACUAAACUGCUCUCAUGUCGGGAUGUACAGUCAUAAUUGCAUACACAUGGAAGACGCUGGCGUGAGAUGUUAUCCACCAUCAAGUGAUGGAGCUCUACGGCUGGUAGGUGGUGGAGGAAUGUCGUACAUGGGACGGGUUGAAGUCUUCCAUGACAGACAAUGGGGAACGGUUUGCGAUGAUUCCUGGGAUCUAAACGAUGCCACCGUGGUAUGCAGACAGCUCGGGUAUACAGGAGCUAGAUAUGCACCGCAUAGGGCCUAUUUCGGUGCAGGAACUGGUGCUAUCUUUCUAGACGACCUGUAUUGUAGAGGCGAUGAGUCGAGGCUGAUCGACUGUCAUGGAGCUGAUUUUUAUCAACAUAACUGCGUUCAUUAUGAGGACGCUAGUGUCAUUUGUAUUCCGCCGAUGGACGGUGAUGUACGACUUGUAAAUGGGACAUUGCGUGAAGGUGAAGUAGAGAUCUACAAUGACGGAGUGUGGUGGUCUCUAUGUGCUUCUGAUUGGGAUUCUGAGGAUGCUACCGUUGCUUGCAGACAGCUAGGCUUCUCCCAUUUCCAAGGGCAUGGUGCAAGCAAUCAUGGAAGUGGUGGAGGUCAAAUGAUCAGUACCUACUUUGACUGUGAAGGUGACGAGACUUCGUUAACUCAAUGUGAAGUGGUGCAUGAUCACAGCGUAUGUGAUACUGGACAAGCUACAGUUUCUUGCCAUGCGCCGGAUGAUGGUGAUAUAAGACUACAAGGUGGUGCUGUGUCGAAUGAAGGGCGAGUUGAAGUUUAUUAUCGGAGGCAGUGGGGAACAGUUUGUGAUGAUAGUUGGGAUCAACAAGAUGCCAUUGUAGCUUGCACACAACUAGGAUUCCCUGGAGCUGUCCAAGCCUUGAGAAUGGCUUACUUUGGCCAGGGAGGAGGCAGUAUUCAUCUGAAUGAGUUACAAUGUAGUGGAUCAGAGACUCGUUUAGCUGAUUGUCCACACCAACCAUGGACUCGAAAUUAUUGCUCGCAUUAUCAAGACGCUAGCGUCAUAUGCCAAAAUCAUGACGUUGGUAACAUUCGAUUGGUAGAUGGAGGCAAUGCCCAAGAAGGCCGUGUAGAGAUCUGGAUAGAUGAUGGUCGAGGUUGGAUGACAUUCUGUGAUGAGGGAUGGGAUGAUAACGAAGGUGAAGUGGUGUGCAGACAGAUGGGUUAUGAAGGACUCGUCCAAGUUACGCAUAAUAGUUCCUAUGGUGGAGGAACAGGUGAUGUGUUUGCAAGCAAUGUAGGAUGUACUGGUCUAGAAGAUGCGCUCCUUAGCUGUUCUUAUGAUGAACAUUCGAUCUGCACACACUCGGAUGAUGCAGGGGUUAUAUGUGCUCCGCCAGAUGGUGAGGUUAGAUUAGUAGAUGGUGAUGAUGCAUAUAGCGGACGUGUUGAGAUCUUUCAUGAGUACAGUUGGUGGACUGUAUGUGGACAUUGGGGUGAUGAUGAGGCUAGAGUUUUAUGUCAUGAGCUAGGCUAUACUGGCGUGGCAUUGUCUAUGCACUCGUUUGGUCCUGGUGCAGGUGAUAUAGUAGAGGACAUACAAUGCCCAGCAUUCUCGGCAACGCUGAGAGACUGCAAUGUCGGUUCAAACUUUGAAAACACUGUGGGCUGCUCUCAUAAUGACGACGUAGGCGUUGUGUGUGAUGGAACGAAAUUUGUGAGUGGAGCUGUUCGUCUUGUGAAUGGUAACGUCCCGUAUGCAGGCAGAGUAGAGAUGUUUACUGGAGAGCGCUGGGGAUCAGUGUGUGAUGUAGCCUGGGAUAUUGAAGAUGCUCAUGUAGUCUGCAGACAAGUCGGAUUUAAACGCGCCACCUACGCUAAGAAAGGGGUAAAUUAA